AUGGCUCAACCCGGCAACUGCUCCCACUCGUUCCAAUUGAUCAAGUCGGACACGACGCUCGUUCAAUGGAACUGCAACCUGUGCCAUUCGGGCCCGCACACCUUCAUCUACGAGUGUGCCCACUGCAAGCUCAAGACGUGCAGGCCCUGCACAUCCAAGGCCUAG